AUGGACUCAGCUCCAAAGUGGCGAAGACCACCCUCCAAGGGUCGAAGUAAAAAUGACGAUUCUGAUUCGGACAUGGAGGAAAAGUCGUUCGACUUUGAUUUGGCUGGCGCCUCUACACCAUUGAAGGUCAACCCCGAGACUUCUACCAUAUUUUUAUCUCCCAUAAAGAAAUUGCAUAACCUUCAUUUGACCGCAUCAUCACCCAAUCUGUCUUCAACAAUGGAUCCUAUUGCAGAGAAAAGCAAGGGUAAUGAAGCAGAUAUCGAUGACUUUGACGAAGACUACGACGAUGACUACUAUUCCGAAGCAGAACAGACUAUCCUAAGCGAUGGAAGUGUAGAAUUUAAGGAUGAAGCAGAAAGUACCCAAAUCAUACCCAAUCCUGUCUAUAUCAACUCCAAGAAAAGAGGAAUGGAGUCUCCACUGGAUAUGAUAAUAACUCCACGAUCCACGUCUAUUAGUUCCAUACCGAAGCUCCUGGGCCUGGGCGCCUCAGGAAAUAUGUCUCUCUGCAGUGUGAGCAAUAUUUCACAAUUCAAGGUGAGCUUCUCCAAUAGCGACUCUACACCAUGCCCCAGACAACCCCGGAAAAGACUCAAGUUUAAGGAAAUUACUCCGUCAUCGACCCCACUGAAUGUAAAUAAGCGGAAGAAUGUGUUGAACUUGCAGAACUCGACGAAGGCGUCAGCUUCCAUCUUGAAUCAAUUGAACACCAUCCAACGUCUCCCUGAAGAUGAAGAUGAAGAGGAGGAUGAUAGUGAUCUGGAUGGGAAUGUAAACGGAAAUGGAAGCGGAGGCAGUGAAAAUGGUGCUGGUAUCAAGAGUGACUUAAAUUACUAUGAAUUCGAAUCAAUGGUUGCGUCAAAGACUUCGUCACCCAUACAAUCUUCGACGACUGCAAACACGUCAAUCAACUCGGAUUCAAAAGUGCACGUUCAGCGUCUGAGCACUCCGAUUUCUCAGUCCACUCCUGCCAAUUCUAGGGCCCCUACACCACCCAUAGACGAAGUUUCUGAGUAUGGUGAAUCAAUAAAUGGAUACAGGUUUGUGCGAAGCCAACCACCGCCGAGCAGUCUGGUAUACUACAGCUAUAAAACGCCUGAAAACAACAAUGUGUAUUCUCAGGAAAUGAAGAAUGCGUAUAUUCUGGGGAAGGCAGUGGAGCCUCGACAAAGCAGUGAUCACAAGAGUGGGGCACAGGACAAAUGGUAUGAGAUCGUUGGAGAAUUCCCAGUUACAUCAGCGGGACUAAUGAACGAAGACGACGAAGAUCUACACAUCGGAGAUAAAAGAAUUAAUGAUCCAUAUUUGAGUGGGCCUGGGUCUAAAUUAAAGAUAGACACAACAUUAUCCAACGAAAUGGAUGAGUUGGAUGAAAGAAGGCGCCAAGUUCGAGAGCAAUACUUCAACUCAUUUGAAGCUAAGCGCGAUAUCAAGCUCCCCCUCUUGGAUCAGUUUCAACUCACGUCAGAAAUCACGACCCGUAAGGAGGAUUUACUAGCAUUGCUAGACGACAAGAAAUCAGUAUUGGACUUCUACCAAUUCAUCGAAGGGAACGACGUUUUAGACUUAGUUAGAAGGGAAAGACUAAAGUGGCAUCCAGACAAAUGGAGACACUCCGAAAAAUGGGAACAUGGGAACAACAAAUGGGUUACGGAUCAGGAUAUUAUAGAAAACCUAAGCAAGGCUUUGAAUUUGCUUGUUGAGCGGCUAUCCCUGUAG